AUGAUUUCUUCAAUUUGGAAGAAGAGCCACCUUGGCCAACACUUCACCCCGAGAUUAGCUGGGGCAGUGGGGCUCAUCAGUCUGUCCACACUCAACUAUGGUUUUGACAACCAAGGCAUAGCGACCAGUCAGGCGAUGGCAGCUUACAAGACGCAAUUUGGAGUCUAUGAUGCGGCCAAAAAGACCUGGGCUAUCCCGACAUACUGGACAUCCUUGUUAAACAGUUUGAACUUUAUCGGGUUUGCAAUCGGACUAUAUAUUGGGAGUGUCGUGAGUGCUCGAUAUGGCCGCCGCAUCUCGAUGUUUACCAUGUCAAUUUGGGCAAUCAUGUCUGCUACCGUACUCAUUACCUCCACUCGGAUCGAGCAAGUUCUUGCUGGCCGUAUCCUGAAUUAUGCCUACGUUGGUAUGGAAUUGGCAACCUGUCCACCGUUCCAGGCUGAGAUAAUCCCAGCUCCAAUUCGAGGAUUUGCAGUAGGUACAUAUCAAGCCAGCUUACUGGUAGGGGGUAUCAUCAUCAACAGCAUUUGCCUUGGCACGAGCACCUUGGCUAGUAAUGCUGCAUGGAGGAUCCCCCAGGGACUAUUCUACGUCGUCCCUUCAAUCGUGGCAUCUUGUAUCUGGUUCAUUCCCGAGUCUCCUCGGUGGCUGCUCAUGAACGAUCGAAUAGACGAGGCAUUAGACUCAUUACGGAAGCUGCGCGGCUCAAACCCCAAUAGUCCUUCACCCGAAGAAGAGCUUGCAAGGUUACAGGCUUCCCUUGUUGAGGAACAGAAUCGGGGCACAUAUACGGAUCUUUUCCGAGGCCGCAAUCGAAAGCGCACCCUGAUUGCCAUCGGUACGAACUUCUUCAUCCAAGCAACGGGCUCUCCAUUUACAGCAGCAUAUGGAACGCUCUUCGUCCAAUCACUGAAUUCAAUUAAUCCAUUCAAAUUCUCACUCUUGAGCUCUUGCAUAAAUACCUUCGCAUGUGUGACCGCCAUCUACAUCACAGACAAAGUUGGACGGCGGCCGCUACUAAUGCUCGGUUCUGCAUUGCAGGUGGCAUGGCUGUUUAUAAUGGGCUGCGUUGGAACAGUAUCAUCGCCAACAGUGACGCAGACCCGGGUUAUUGUUGCCGCUACUGCACUGUCAUCAGCUAGUCCCUGCUUCAGUUGGGACCCUUUGAACUAUAUCAUCACUACUGAACUUCCAGCAACUCGUUUACGUGAUAAGACGCAACGUGUGGCCUCCAUUGUCAACAUCGCCACUAAUUUCGUGUUUUCUUUCAGCACACCCUAUCUUCUGGAUGCCCCCUACGCCAAUCUUCAUUCAAAGGUUGGAUUUGUCUUUGGCGCUCUUGCAUGUUGCUCUUUUAUUUUCGCCUAUCUUUGUGUUCCAGGGAUGAAGGGCAGAUCUCUUGAAGAUAUCAAUAGAAUGUUUCAAGCCGAAGUUCCCGUGAGAGACUUCAAGAGCUAUCCUAAGGGGGCCAAUCAAGAGAUAUGUGAGGGGCAAAAGGGGAUUGAUCGGAACUCCUGA